CGGAUACGGCAGGACGGGCUGACGUUCUGAGCGCUGAUUGGUUCGCUCGCAUGUGAUCUUGUUGUUAGCCACGAAUGCUUCUGAGGAAUCCGGAACAUACCUAGGGCAACGGUUCCCUGUCCCCUUCUCUCUUUCUUCCAUCCACCUCCUGACCAAGCCAUGGCAGGGGAUAUAACUGAAGCAGGGGAGCUCUACUCUCCAUUGGUUGGGCUUGUGUACAUGUUCAAUUUAAUUGUGGGCACAGGUGCACUUACCAUGCCAAAGGCCUUUGCUCACGCAGGCUGGUUGGUGAGCCUCAUCCUUAUUAUCUUCUUGGCAUUUAUGAGUUAUAUGACUACAACAUUUGUUAUUGAAGCCAUGGCUGCAGCUAAUGCUCGACUGCGCUGGAAGAGAUGGGAGAAGGAGGAGGAAAUGGAUUCAUCUGAAAAUUCUGAUAAUGAAUCUCUGUCUGCAGAUGGGUAUGACAGCUCAGAAGCUCGACCCAUCCUCUCUGUGCAGCGUCGUGGUUUAUCCGACCCUUUUGAAAUUGUGGAGCGAGUGGAAAUGGGGCAGAUGGCGUCAAUGUUUUUUAAUAAAGUUGGUGUAAACCUCUUUUAUUUGUGCAUUAUUAUAUAUCUGUAUGGAGAUCUGGCGAUAUAUGCAACAGCUGUACCUCUGUCCCUGGUGCAGGUCACAUGCUUCUCUGGGAAUGAGACUUGUGGCUCUGGGUCAACAGAGAUGAAUGAUACGCAGACAUGUUGGGGAAAGAUUAAACGAAUUGAUGCCUACAGGAUAUAUUUGGCUGUAUUCACUCUGCUUCUCGGCCCAUUUACAUUUUUUAAUGUGCAGAAAACAAAGUACCUCCAGAUCUCAACUUCAAUAAUGAGAUGGUGUGCUUUCAUCAUCAUGAUUGUAAUCGCUUUGAUUCGUAUUGGCAAGGGUGAAGGUGAAGGUCAUCCUCCUCUUGCGGACGUCUCUGGAAUCCGGAACCUGUUUGGCGUCUGUGUCUAUUCAUUCAUGUGCCAACAUUCUCUGCCUUCGUUGAUCACACCAGUGUCCAGUAAGAAGCACAUAACCGGACUCGUCUUCUUGGACUACGUAUUGGUUCUUUCAUUCUAUAGCCUACUUGGCUUCACGGCUAUAUUCUGCUUCUCCUCUGGCGCACUCAUGGACAUGUACACUCUUAACUUCAGCGGCUGUAAAAGUUUUGUGCCUCCAGUGAUUGGCUACUUUCUAGGACUGUUCCCAGUGUUUACCAUCAGCACCAACUUUCCUAUCAUUGCAGUCACGUUGUGCAACAACUGGAAGACUCUGUUUCACCGUGAAGGGGGGACCUACCCAUGGCUUGUAGACAGUAUUGUCUUCCCAUUAAUAACAUUGAUCCCUCCCAUCAUUGUGGCAUUCUGUACCCACCACCUUGAACUACUGGUUAGCAUUACAGGUGCUUACGCUGGCAAUGGCAUCCAGUAUGUUAUCCCAGCUUUUCUCGUGGCUUUCAGCCGUAAAGACUCUGCCCUAGUAUAUGGACCCGGACUCGCUAAUAAGCAUAGGUCACCUUUUAAACAAGUGGGUUGGGUAUGGUUCGUCCUCCUUUGGGCACUGUUGUGUUUUAUAUAUGUAACAGCCAACAUAAUUCUGACUGAUGGUAGCGUAUAAAUUUCGGAUACUGUGCUCACCGUGGAACGGACAAAGCUACUUUGUGCAGGACACAGUAGUUGGCCUUUGGUUGAUGACUGUAAACGCUAAAGCCUGUUUCUCAUGCGCUUUAAAGGGACGAUGAAGUGAUGGGGCCGGCCCCAUUCUUGCUGGACAUUUGAUAAUCCUUUGUUGUUGUAAUGACCGUACAAGUCUGUAAUAUAAUCUGCUGCCAGAAAUCACAGAUGGUUAACUCUUUAAUAAUCAAUCUUUCUGUGCCUUCUCCUUCACCAUGUUUAAUCUUGCUUAUGGACACACUACCAGACCUUUUGCCUAUUCUUAGUUUACUGGCUCAUGUCAGACUUUUUAAAUUGCCUCAGUUUACAAAAAGGGGAUUCCCUUGGCACAAGAAGUGUCUUUCAUACCGUGACAUACAGGUAUACUUGUUACUUAAUAUGAAGACAUGUCUGGUGGGAUUCAUAAUGUGCAUCAGAAAGUGAUAUCUAUAGAUCCUCGCUGCUGUCUGUAUAAAGGUCGGUACGGAGAACGUGCUGCUCUGUGUGCAAUGUUAUCAAGCUAAAUAAAAUGAAGAUGUUGGACAUUCA